AGUAUGAAGUGUCAGACUAAAAAUAUAAUUUUUUUUGGCAUAUUUCGUUUUAAAAACUGAUUUAUUGGUGUGACUGGGAACUUGAAUUUAUAGUUUCUUGGAAAUUUAAUCUUUUAAGAUUACGUUUACUAUGAUCAUGAUUUUUAUCUACAAGUGAAGGGAAUUAAGAAAAAACUAGAAAAUGGCUGACACAGGAAAUAUUAUGGAGGGAUUUCUAUGUCCAAUGUGUAUGAAAGAUUUUGGAACUGUUUCUCAACUACAAGAACAUUUUGAAGUUGCUCAUUCUUCGGAAGAUAAAGCUGUUUUUCAGUCGUUAAAAGGGUUUUUUGAUAAAGCUAAGAAGAGAAUAUUGGGUGAUCGAGAAAAUGAGUUUGGUGAAAAUAGUUCAAGUGAUUCCAGUCCUAAUUUAAAUCUUUCUGGAUUCGAUCCAACAUGGUGGGAGUUUCAAGAGCUGGGUUGCGUUCGGAAUCAUACCGAUGCCUUUAAAGCGGUACGCGAUGCCAGGAUUGAUCAUUUCGUGGUAGAAACUAACAAACUUUUAAUUAGAUUAGAUAAAUUAUUGGACCCAGAAGCACCGAAAGAGGCCAGUAAAAGAAAGGGAUUUGAGAAGUCUGUGGUUCCGUGGGUACCAGAUGGAGCGGUGCCAUGUUGUUUAUCUUGUGAGGAAUCGUUUAAUAUCAUGCGAAGGAAGCACCACUGCCGUCUGUGUGGGGGAAUUAUGUGUAAUAAAUGUUCAGAGUUUUUAACUUUAACUUAUGCUCGUAAGUUUUUUGUUUUUACUGAAUAUUUUCUGGCUCUAAUAGUCAACCCAGCAGUAACGUUUGAAGGAGAAAGUGGGUUUUUAAAACGUUCCGACAGCAGUACCAGUUUAAAUUCUCUGAUGGGUCUGGAAGCCGAGGGCCACAUGAGAGUUUGUAAAACUUGUCGUAAAUUAUUAGAACGAAGAGAUCAGAUGGUGGAACAGCGAAAUAUUAAACCAAACUUCGUUGUUUUAUAUGAGAAAAUGCAAGAAUGUAUGAGUAAUGCCAACGAUCUGAUACCCCAAUAUUUACCCAUGGUUGAUUCUUUAAGCAUGGGAGAAGCUACAUACAGUUUAAAAGAAGCUGAAUUAUUACGAACUAAAUUGAUUAGAUUAUAUGACGCUGUGGAUCAGAUCAGUAAGAAGAUUCAGAAUCUAGAAAUUAAACCUGAUUCUCCCAGUGCCUUUAAACAACAACAAUUACAGAAAGCUAUUCGAAUGUCUGCUAGCGGAUUUAUGCAGGAAAAUCUAAUGGGUUUACAGGCUCUUCCUACUUCAGAACAAUAUCAAGAACUUCAAGCUAAACGCCGGGCUGAGGUUCAACGAAAAAUUGCUGCCGAAAGGCAAGCAGCCAUGGAGGCUCAAAAUCGUGAACGUUUUAAUCAAGAAGAAAGUGAAAAACCUGGCAAAAUUUUAUCAAUCGGUAAAAAAUUAGGACACGUUCGGAAUGACUCUCAAGAUAGUGUAGGUCGCGGCUGGAAACCAACUGAAGAAGGUUCUAAAGUGAGUAAAGUGGGUGAUCCAAUGCUUCAACAAAUGGAGAUUAUUCGAGGUUAUAUCAAACAGGCCAGAGAAGCUAAACGGUGGGACGAGAUGGAAAUGUUAGAACAUAAUUUAAAAGAUCUUAAAGAUGAAUAUUAUCGUCAACAAGCUCAAAACUUUCAAUCGUGAUCAUCCUGUCUGUUUUUGUUUUAGGGUAUUCUAGUUUUAAUAGCUUCAAGCAAAAUUUGAUAAAUACAAGCUGAUUGUAAUUAUUGGUUCAGGCAACCAAUUAAUACUGCACCUUAUAUUAUCUCAUGUUAUAUUAACUUGACGCCUGUAAUAUUGUGAUUCUAAUAGGGAUUUUUGUUUUAAUCUGUUUUAUAUUUUUACUUGCUAUAACUAUUAUUGAACGGUUUGUUCAUAAAAAUUAAAUAAAUAUAGAAAGUUCAAACAAUAAUGAUAUUAUUGGUAUGAAUAUUAUAGCCAUUAUAAAUAAUUGUUUUCAUGUUUUGAGUGUUAUUGUAGCCAAGGGCAUUAAUUCAAUUAUGUAUUCUGAUUAUCCAGGUUGUUAGGUUGCUACCCAAUUUUAUAUAUUCAGUAUUUUAAACUCUAUGGUCACAACUAAUAAUAUUUUGCAUUUAGUGAUAGUAACAUGCCUAUUUAAUCAAUAUCAAUCACCCUGUUCAGACCUGUAUUGACCUGUACAUGUGUUGAUGACUAAUUAAGUGAUACAGGUUGAUACAGGAAGAUAGCAGUAUGAGUUCAAUUCUAUAAAAGGUUGUUCACUGAUUGUGCAAUUCCCCAGUCCUGUUUCUAUCUUAUAUCUUAUUGUAUUUUUAUUUGGUGCGAAAUAAAACACCACUUUAUUUCUU